AUGAGAUCAACAGAAAGACCGUUGAGAAUAAGUGGAGAUGGGAAGAAAGAAACGAUUCUCAAAAAGGCACCAUUUGAGGGAUUUCUCCAAGCCGCUUUCUCAACACUUAUCGCAGUGGUCCUUGCUUGGCGACUUUUUGUAUUCCCACAACAAACCAAAAUAAAAACUGAAAUAGAAGAAGGAAAAGAAGAAAAAGAAGAGGAGAAAGAGAACGAAGAAGAUCCACCAUCAACAUCUACACAAUAUUUCACAUCAAGGAUGGAUCCUCAGGUGCCUGGUCCAUCGUCACUUCUCUCAAUGCUUUCGACAGACUCAAUGCCACCAUCAUCAUCGAGUAGUGAUGGAGAGGAACGUCCUGCACCACCUGUGCCAUCACUCGUGCAAGCCAAUAUGGCGCAAGGAGGCGGCUAUUUAGAUGCGAUCAUUGAAGAGGAAUCGGACGAUCUCCGCUCAAUCUCUAGCGCGUCUUUCGCCUCUCCGCGCACAAUCGUUGAGGGUUCAUUGGAGAGGUCGACAAGACAGAUCAUUAGCGGAGAGCCUGUUUUCCCAUUGUAUUCUGUCAUUGAGCCGAUCACUCAAACGAGAAGUCCCGAAGCGGUUGAUCUGACGUUAGAAGACCCGGACGAGGCACAGAUAUCGGAAAACGAGCAGACAAUUAUUGAGAGACCAAUCACAAAUAUUGAAGAAGUGAUUGAGGAGAGGCCGGAAGAGGUGCACAAAAUAGAACAACAGACGACCGAGAAGCGCUUUGAGCCAGCUUCUUCACAAGAUCUUCUCAAAGGACUCAUCAAAUUGUCAAAACCGGAGAAAAUUGAGGGCUCAAGCCCAGUGCCGGAUCGAUCUCUACUUGAGCAAAUGAUGGACGAAUCAAAGCAUAUUGAGCAGACGAUCGAUCAAUCAAUGAAAAGAAUCGAGGAGUUGCAUACGCCCCGAGACGCCGACCGAGAUCAAACCGAAGAAAUCGUUUACCAAGAAGAGCCAAAACCAGCACCAGCUACUGAAAUGGAAAUCGAAGAGAUCGAAGAGCAAUCGCUUGCAUCCGCUUCGAUCACGCUUGAUCAAUCGAGAGAUUCCGUUUUGGACACUAGUCAACCCAUUGACGAGUCGUUGCUUGUCGAACAACAAAUGAGUGGGUCGAGACCAAUGAUCGCUCCUCCAUCUCCACCGCUGGAUCUCCCUCCACCCACCACCACCACCACACCAAGCCCCGCCGAAAACCUCGCCAAAGAUUCCAUCUGGAACAUCGGCCUUCAGCUUCACAAGACCAUCAAAUGGAAAUUAUGCUCGAACACAACUGUCACAAACACUGUCACACAGAAAACGACAAGCAUCUUGCAAAAAAGUCCCGAUCUUGAAGUGGACAUUGACGGGGCGAUGCGACGAGCGGCUCGUUAUGGACAGACUUAUGGAGAUGCAGCGAUGAGUCAUAUGAGAAGUGCGAACGAGGAUAGAGGCUCGUACCUCUCAUCACCACCGAUGGAACCUCCACCACCACCACCCCAGCCCAGUUACACUGUCACUCAUCCACCAACUGUCGGAGGAAGCACUCGGUCGUACUCUCGUGAGGAUUUGUUGUCUGACGCAGCUCCAUCAAGAUCAACGAUUCGCGAGAUUCCCGUGCAAAGAGCCGGCUCAGCUUCACAAACCGCCUCAUCAUUCGAUUAUUCGAGGGCUCUCAUGCCAUCUUCUGGCUAUGAUACACGUCCAGAUCUCGGAGAUGAGUACUACAGAAGAGAGGUGAUUUCGAGAACGGUGAUCACACGAAGUCAGGAGACUCUUUCACAGCCACCACUUGGAAGAAGUAGUCCGAUCGAACGAUAUGUCUCUUAUCCUGACCCGAACACCCGCGAGACCAAAGAGGUUGAAUAUCGAUAUAAUGUCACGCGAAAUGUAGAGGAAGAAGAACGCCGAAUUAAAGAGGCGCAAGAACGCCGUCGAAAUGAGGAGGAGUCGAGGAGACGACGAGAGGAUGAAAUGAGAAAAGAAUUGGAUAGAAAAGAGAAGGAACGAUUGGAGAUUUUGAGGAGAGAAUGGGAGAGAAAGGAGCGAGAACUUGAAUCGGUGCAGAAUGAGAGGGAACGAAAUGAGAAAGAUCGAAUCGAUCGAGAUCGAGCUGAAAGAGAAAGAAUUGAACGACAGAGAAGAGCUGAAUGGGAUGCGAGAGAAGCGGAGAGGAGAGCGCUCGAGGAACAGGAACUUGAGCGUCGUCGUCAAGAAGAACGCGAACGUCUGGAACGAAUCCGUCUUGAAGAGGAACGAGUUGAAAGAGAACGAUUGGAAAGAGAAAGAAAACGAAUGGAAGAGGAGAGACUUCGUCGUGAAAGAGAAGAAGCUGAACGCAUUGAGAGGGAGAGAAUCGAACGCGAACGACUUGAGCGUGAGAGGAUUGAAAUUGAACGAAUUGAGCGCAUCAAGAGGGAAAGAGUGGAAAGAGAACGACAAGAUCGAGAAAGGGAAUUGGAAGAGCAGAGACGAUUGCAGAAAGAACGCGAGGAGUUGGAAAGGAUCGAACGUGAACGUCGCGAACUUGAGCGCCGAGAGCGUGAAGCAUUGGAAGCGGCUCGUCGUGAAGCUGAAGCUCGUGAAAAGGAACGCUUAGAAGAUGAAGCACGAGAAGCAAGAAGAAGAGAAGAAGAAAGAAGAGAAAAGGAAUUACUUGCUGAUAUUCAGAGACAAGCUGAGGAAAGGGAAAGAUUAAGAAGAAUGCAAGAGAUUGAAGAAAGAGAAAGAUUGGAAAGGAUUCGAUUUGAACAGGAAAGACUUGAGAAGGAGAGAUUGGACUUUGAGAGAAGAGAACGAGAACGACAAGAUGCUGAGAAAAGAGAACAUGAGUUGCUUGCUCAACAACGAGCUGAACGGGAGCGGCGAGAGAGGGAGAGGAUGGAGGAUGAAUUGAGAGAAAGACAAAGACAAGAAGAAGAAAGAAGAGAAAGAGAAAGAAGGGAGAGGGAAAGACAAGCAGCGAUUGAAAGAGAAAGACAAAGAAGAGCUGAAGAAGAAGCUGAGAUGAGACGUUUAGCUGAAUUGGAGAGAUCCAAGCUGGAUAGGGAUCGACAGAGAGAGGCUGAAGUGGAUCGUGAUCGUGAGCGAAUCGAAUUGGAGCGUCGUGCUGUUGAGUUGAAAGAAUGGGAACGACGAGAGCAAGAAAGACGAGAUCGAGAAAGAGAUGAGGAAGAAAAGCAAUUGAGAGAAUUAAAGGAUAGAGAAAGAAGGAAUCAAGAGAUUCGAGAGAAGGAAAGAAUUGAGGCAAUUGCGAGAGAGGAAACACGCAGAAAGGAAGAUCGUCGCUCUCGUGAACAUCUCGAUAUCAUCGUUCGUGAAAAAACUGAAAAGGAGCGCUUUGAGUUGGAAAAGAGACGCUUGCUAGAGGCAAAAGAAGCACGAGAGAGAAAAAGAAACGAUCUUACUUCUCCGGAAACUCUCGGGAAACUUGUUCGCCCAGCGUAUUUCAGUCGUGAAAAUCUUUCAAAUCUGGGCACAGAAGUCACAACGAAAGUCGAAAGACAGGUGAUCGAACGAGUUGAUCGCAAUCUUUUUGUCGAUGAUCAAGUUCGCACCUAUCCAAUCACUUUGGGUACAUCAGGAGCACUUGGAUAUCGAGAAUCUCCAUUAGAUCUUACGACAGAAGAAGAGAGACGAGAGAGAAUGUUCAGUCAACGUGUCGAUGACUUGAAUCGCUCAAACUCGGCGCGUACCUCGAGAUUGCGUUCGAAAGUCGAGAAAGCUCGUCGCGAUUUUAUCACCGGUCAACCCGAAUCCACUCAAGAGUCGGCAUGGCGUCGUUCACAAGAAGAUCUCGGGUUGAGACCAAGACCCGAAUUGAGAGGUCCACUUCUACAGAAGUUUCAUUCAGGGCAAUUCUCAUCACGUCCCGAGGAUCUCAAUGUGCCGUAUCCACGCGUUGGACCGUCUCCAUACAGUCAGGAAUUCGAUCGGUUGCUUGAGGAAGCGGAAAGGAAAUAUGCCACCUAUCGUAACCGCUUGUCGCAACCGAAUCUGUACAGUCGACAACGACAUUUCUCGACGUCAUAUCUCGAGACAGAUAUCGAUACAGGAAGACCGGAUAUGGCGACCGAUGUCCGACAGAUGGAGGAAACGAAUUUGGAUGAUGUUCAUCGACGGUCAGGAUCCGUUGUUGAUUACACAAGAGUGAGCAGAAGGGAUUUGGCGGAAAGGAAUGAGGAAAGCUCACACACGAGAAGCAAGAGUGCUGAUUAUUUGCUCGAUAGAUUGCAACGUGAGGAGACCCUAGCUCCAGAAAACGAAUUACAAAAGAUGGCUCCAUCUCCAUCACAUCGAGUAAGCGAACACGAGAUGCGAUUCCGCAAGAGUACCGAACGAUUGCCGAUUCCGGAUUGGUACCGUGAGAACCGUCCAACGGUGCGUCCAACCGACGUCGACAUGAGUCUUCCCCGACCCACAUCCACUUACGACUAUCGGGCCACUCAAUCAGCCACCACCACUCCAAUGGACAGUUUCAUGCCGAGAGGAAUGUUUGAUCGAUAUCGUGAUGAGAUUGAGGAUAUGAGACGAUCGAGAACAUCACUUCAUCAAAUUGAACCCCCUCGACAGGAUUAUCGCUCGGCUCCUAUGCCUGCACCCCGGAGAACUGUUUCCCAUGAGGUGAUUGCCGCUUCUCGAGCCGACAGUCGUCAAAGUGUUGAAGGUUUCCGCAAUUUGCCUGGAUAUACCGUUUCGGAGGUGCCCGACUCUUGGAAUCUCGGAAGAAAUCGAACCUCGAGAGUUGUCGAAGUGGCUGACACUUUUGCUGGAGCGAAGAGGAUUGUGGAUAAAUAUGGACAAGUCCAAGUUCGCUAUGGUGGCCGGGUGACAAUUGAAGAAGUUCUUGACUCAAUAUUCCAACAAACUGCACCCAGAGAUGCUUCCUAUGUAGCUGAUGGAAUCCCGCAAGGAGAGUACACAGCAAACCAUGAUGGUCCAUCAAUCUACACAAAGAACUAUAUGUUGAUGGAUCAAGUUGUGCAACAGCCGGAUAGAGCUGAAUCUUUGUUGCAAAACGAAAAGCUUUUCGUUCGAUGUGCUCAUUGUCAUAAAACUCGCGAGCUCGGAUUGGCAAGACUUCAUUAUGUUUCUUGUAAACAUUGUUACUCGUACUAUUGUAGCAGAAAUUGUCGAGUUAGAGAUUGGCCGAAACAUCAAGGCCGUUGCUCGUAUGCAAGAAUUAACACUUUAUGCAAAGAUGUUAUCAUGAAAGUUCGAGAAGAUCCCCAAGCUCAAUUGUACAUGAGUAAAAUUGCGAGAGAGGGAUAUGCAGCUAGAGGAAGAGGUUCGGUGAAUAUUCGCCUCUCAAGUCCAACGCAAGCGCACGCUUACACGACAAAUGGCUGGGAAGCUCUUCAAGGAGUCCCCAUGCAGAAUCUCCUCUUCUACUACACUAUUGCCGCAUUGAUCUCUGAUCGAAAAGAGCCAUCACUUGUUGCACUUUGUAGGCAAUAUGAUCCAAACGAGAAAUUUAUUCUCUCCGUGUCGAUCAUCGCUGACAUUGAGCACUGUCCACAAACACCACCACCAGAAACCAUCGAUUAUCCUCAAGAGAAUAUCAGUACUGAUGCUUAUAGCUAUUCUCGACCAAAAUCCGAUCACCAAGUGCACUUCAGUCCAAAUAUUGGCAAUGGAGCUCAGCCGUACACCGCUCUAGUUCCAACUGAUGUU